CUCAGAUAGGUGCAGCAGCCUCUGCCCUCACCUGAGGUGUUCACUCUGCUCUUGUAUUUAGCCACAAGACAUGAAGUGUGUGUGUUCCUAACUCUAGUGUCAAGCUUAUAGCUGAUACCAGACUGUGUUUACGACUGUAUCUAUACACUCCACAGUAUAGUUACUGCCAUGAACAUUUCUUCCCUGAUCAUUUUAUGGAUACUGAGAGGAUACGUUGCUGGCAAGUCUGAAUUUCUGGAGUCUUGAAAAACCUGAAGUGUUUGAAAUCGAGGAAAUUUGGGCAGUGUUUGGAGUAGAAAAAACCUGGGUACUGGUUGCAGUGCUGUACAGUGAAGGGAAACAGUGAAUACUGUCACUUAGUGUGGUUGGAUCACUGCUAAGCGUCGAAGUCACCAUGGUGGGGGUAGUGCGAGAUAUAGUGAUUCCAGUCAAGGCUGGAGAGAGACUGAAAGAUGAUCAAGUGUUCACAAUAUUAUGUGAAAUAUUAACCACGUCAGUGCCACCAUCAGCAGAGGAACAGCAGCAGCAGGAAUCACCACCACACAUCGCUAGAUUAUGGAAGAUGACUUCAGCAUGGAGAGUGAUAUCAUUCUUCUUGGUAGUGUUUGUCUUACCUACACUGCUCAUCUCCCUACCACUGUAUGCCAGAUAUCACCUCUACCACACCAGACAUAUGCACAUGACAGAGACUGACACCAGGGCUCUCAACCACGCUGUCAACUCCUUCUGGUGUCAAGGUCAGCGUGUGACAAGCAACGGUACCUUGGAUGCCUUCUUGGUGUCAGGUCUACCGCAGGUGCAACAGCAACACCGCCGCCAUGUCACCCUCAAGAGGACUCUAACUCUGCAACAUGAUGAUAUAGAGUACUGGGGAGUCUACCUGCUCCAGGGAUCUACCUUCGCUCUAUCUUCUUCGGCCAGAUGGCCUGGCGGUGUAUUGCUUGUCGUUCAGGGAGAAGACAACCUCCGUAAAUGUUUCUACCGGGAGGAUCGGGUACAGAAUGAGCUGAACGGUGGCACCGAACCUCUGAAGAAUGUCUACAAGAGUCCACCUGAUGUGGAGGAGGACCUGGCAGUUAUGUCGGAACAACGUCACUGGGACGACGAUGUUGGAGGUGAGGUAUUUGAUGAUGAUGAAAUGAAACAUGAAGUGAAAGAUAUGGGUCACCUUCAAGAAGAUGGCAGUGAAGGUGAUGUUACAACAGUUGCUUCCAACGAUGGUAAAAUCAAGCAUCAUAAAUAUGAUAUCCUUGACCAAAUAGAUGGUGUGAAUAAAAUGAAAAAAAAUAAAAAGAAGACCAGGAAAGGAAAGGACCAAAGUAAGAUGGGUAGUGACCCUGGCACCUCUACCAGGUCUCAGGGUCGUGAACGAGCUCGUCGCAGCUCUCCUCUAGUGCCCGACUUCACAAAGCUCAACAGUUCUCCCCAGAAACCAUCCACUAACAACAUGGAAUACUUACACAAGUUUAAUGACACACUGGAUGUAGUGACUGGAAACUCAUCAUUUUCUAGCAGUGAAGAGUUCCUACAGCAGUGCCGUGAUGCUAUCCUCACUGUGGAUCUCUCUCCCUACAUUGACUGGGAAAUGCGUAUUUCUAAUAUGAAUACAACCAAUCAUGAUUUUUGGAGGUUUAAUGUCAAUACUUCUGACUAUUACUACUUCAUAUUUACAUCUGACAACUCUAUUGAGCUCAACCACUUGGGGUUCAAUUUAGAGCUGGAGCGAGCAAUCUACGAUGUCAGCUCUCCCCUGGAAACCUGUCGUAAUUCCACCGAGUGCGUGUUUUCUCUAGCUUUCACGCAGACUGAAGCAGUGGUUGUGGAAGUUCCAGCAGAAGAGAACUUGCUUGAGCUUCACUCCUAUGAGGUGACCACCACCUGCCAGCCACGUGUACCAGUUUAUAUGGUGUUUAUCCUCCUUGUUCCCUUCAUCAUCCUCAUCUUUGCCUUCCAGUGAGGUGUCUAUGGUAGGUGCCAGUCAGAGGCAUUUGUAAAAUCUAAAAUUCUCAAUGUAUUACAAAGGUGAUUUACUCUUUGUGGCAGUGAGAGAAUUUCUGCUUAAAAUAACCACUGAGACAUGCACAGAGAAACUCAGUCUGGUGCAGGGUAAGAGCAACUCUUGCCCCUUUUGUCCCUCUGUUUCCAGAAGGAUACACAGAGGGUGAGGUUAUGACCUAAAGCAAGCAGGUAGCAGGUGAUCCAAGAGUUGACAGAUAUUAAGAGGAACUCGUGCUGGAAAUGUGACAUUUAACCCACGCUUAUACUAGUCAUAGCAUCCCAAAAGACCAUCGGCAGGUAUUCGGUCAUGCUUCUGUGAUCAAUACAAUGAUUAGCUGAAGAUGGCUUAGAAACUUGCUGAAAGAGUGCAUUAAUAAUGUUUUUCCUUGUAUGCAAAACCAAGAUGUUAUCCCAAAACAAUUGCAAAUUUAAUGGACCGAGGUCUUUUCUCAUGGGGGAAACAUCAGUUUGUGUGAGGAGGAGAGGAACAGUAUUACCACUGUAAGCCUUGUACUC